GCUAAUAUUGUAUGUCAUUAUGUCUUAAAAUUUUCCCUUGAGAAUGCAGAAAGGGAAUUUACCCCUUGUAUAUCAUGGAAGGCUGCUUCUGAACAGGGCUAAAAACACUUGACACCAAUUUAGAAUGUUCUUACAGGUAAGUGACAGAUUUAUAUCUUUGAACUCAGAAAUGUAUCAUUACAAACUAAUCCAACAUGGUUUAAAAGUACAUUUCUGUAUGUCUUAUGCUAUUCCUACUUUCUCUGAGAGAUGAACAGAAAAAAUAAUGUUUUUAGAAGUGUACUAUUAAUGUAGUAAAUAGGUAGAAUGAAAAUCAGCUUUGGAAUAAAACAAUCUUUUGAAUUCAACAAAUAUUUUAUGAGCUCCAGAUAAGUGAUAAGCCAUCCUUGUGUAGGGAGAGAAAAAUGAAUUUUAUGUCCUAAAGUUUCUUGAGGUGGCAGAGUGCAGAAAAAUUCUCAAAUGCUUUUGAUGUGUGAUAACUGAGCAAGAUGCAUCCUCAUUAUGUGUGUUAAAAGUUAGAAGAGAAUAUAUCUAGUUAGAAGUUGGAGAAACUGUUAAUAAAGGAGUGACAGGUUUAAGUGGAAUGUUGUAUAGCACAGUUUCAAAUGGUUACUGUUUGCAUGUUGCUAGAAUGAUAUAAUAAGAACACAAUUUGCAGUCGAAACACAUCUGAGAUGAAGUCUGAAAGGCUGAAUAACUACUUCUCAUGGAAAGUUUAGAGAAACCAUGACAAUGUGAAGGUGAAAAACUCCAAUGAAAGGGAAAGAUAAACAACCUCACACUCAUCCCUCAUCCUCAUUCACGAAAUUAUGCAGCUGAAUAACAACGUGACUGAAUUCAUUCUGCUUGGGUUGACCCAGGAUCCUGUUAGGAAGAAAAUAGUGUUUGUCACUUUCUUGCUUUUCUAUUUGGGGACAUUGCUGGGUAACUUUCUGAUUCUGACUACUAUAAAGACCAGCCAGGCACUUGGGAGUCCAAUGUAUUUCUUCCUUUUCCACUUGUCUUUAUCAGAGACCUGCUUCUCUACUUCCAUAGCCCCAAGAAUGAUAGUGGACACCCUUUUGAAGAAUGCCACAAUCUCUUUCAGUGAGUGCCUAAUCCAAGCCUUUUCAUUCCAUUUCUUUGGCUGUCUGGAGAUCUUCAUCCUGGUACUCAUGGCUGUUGACCGCUACGUGGCCAUCUGUAAGCCCCUGAACUACAUGACCAUCAUGAGUCGACAGGUCUGUGGUGUGUUGGUGGCUAUGGCCUGGGUGGGGUCCUGUGUGCAUUCUUUAGCUCAGAUUUUUCUGGUCUUGAGUUUACCUUUCUGUGGUCCCAAUGUGAUCGAUCACUAUUUAUGUGACUUGCAGCCCUUGUUGCAGCUUGCUUGUACAGACACCUACAUGAUCAAUCUGCUCCUGGUGUCCAAUAGUGGGGCCAUUUGUACAGUGAGUUUUGUCAUGCUGAUGUUCUCCUACAUUUUCAUCUUGCAUUCUCUGAGAAACCACAGUGCUGAAGGGAGGAGAAAAGCUCUCUCCACCUGCAUCUCCCAUAUCAUUGUGGUAGUCUUGUUAUUUGGUCCUUGCAUAUUUAUAUACACCCGCCCUGCAACCACCUUCUCUGUGGAUAAGUUGGUGACUAUAUUUUAUACACUUGGAACACCUUUGCUUAACCCUUUGAUUUAUACACUGCGAAACGCAGAAGUGAAAAGUGCCAUGAGGAAGUUCUGGAGCAAGGCACUGGUCUCUGAUGACAGACUAUGAAUGGAUCUUUCAAAUUUUUCUUCACAGUUUGGAGUGAUCUAGAAGAAGACCAUAGAGGAUAUUAUCUGCUUAUUGUGCAGUUAAUUUAGUCCUAACUCGGGAAAUGAGAAUUAGUUUCUUCAGGAAAAUAGGCAAUGCAACACACAUAUGGAGUGAUAUUGAGUCAAUUUUAACAUACCUUUUUUAUAUAUUGAUUUU